AUGGUACAUGAAUGGCUAUGCGAUCACUGCAUCAUUAGCUCAGUCGCUGGCUUAAGCGUCUUAUUUUUGAUUUAUAAAAGAUUAACACGAAAAAGCAAGAAGACUGUGGCAAAAGAUGUGAUUUUACUACAUUCUUUUCCCCGAGCUCCCUAUGCACCCAAUGCAUCUCCUUAUGUUUUGAAGUUGGAAACUUAUCUACGCAUGGCUAAGAUACCAUAUGAGGUAGAUGACAGUAUUGUUUUUGGCAAGAAAGGCAAAAUACCUUGGGUUACGUUAAACGACGAAGACGUUGCUGAUUCAUAUUUUAUUAUCGAGCAUGUGAAUAAGUACUUCAAAGUCGAUUUAGAUACAAAACUGACCGCUGAGCAAAGAGCCACUGCAAGAGUACUUGAAAAGACAAUGGAGGAAAACACGAUUUGGGCAACGAUGGUACAGGACCGAAUGUUCGAGUGCUUCGAUGAAUGUAUGGCAAUAUAUGAGGUCUCCUAUGUGUUCAAGUUAGUUAUUAAAUAUUAUUUCCUACGUGUUAUUAACAAGUAUCGUUGGGGACAUGGUAUUGGUCGUCAUUCUUCCGAAGAGAUUCGCCAUAUAGGCGCCAAGGAUCUGCGAGCUAUAUCGGUGUUACUUGGUGAUAAGCCGUUUUUUAUGGGUGAGGAGCCUACUCGUAUCGACGCUACAAUGUUUGCUUUUCUGGCUUUACUUAUAUUUGGAAUGCCGACUGCAGCUCCAUCGUAUAAAUUACUUCACAGCGAAUUGAAGAAUUUAGUCGAUUUCGUUUAUCGAAUGAAAGAAAAAUUUUGGCCAGAUUGGGAUGACGUUUUAUUGAAGCCGAAAGAGAAAAAAAUAAACUAG